AUGACGUCGCGCAAACUCAAUGUACUAGUUUAUACAGGUACCGGAUCUACUGUUGAAUCAGUUAAGCACGCAAUCUAUUCUCUACGCCGACUUCUCUCUCCAAACUAUGCAGUCAUCCCUAUUACCGAGACAGUUCUUCUAAAAGAACCAUGGGGACCUACAUGCGCGCUACUCGUUUUUCCAGGCGGUGCUGAUCUUGGGUAUUGCCGUGUGCUCAAUGGAGAAGGAAAUUCAAUUAUAUCCGAAUAUGUACGCCGAGGUGGCUCGUACUUAGGAUUCUGCGCUGGUGGUUAUUAUGGAUCCAAGAAAUGCGAAUUUGAAGUCGGCGAUAAAGCCAUGGAAGUGGUCGGAUCUAGAGAACUAGCCUUCUUCCCUGGUACGUGCAGAGGGGGCGCAUUUAAGGGUUUCCAAUACCACAGCGAGAAUGGCGCACGCGCUGUACGAGUGAACGUGGUGAAAGAUGCGUUUAGAGGGGCAGGCCUUGUUCCCGAGGUCUUUACGUCUUAUUACAACGGUGGUGGCGUUUUCGUCAAUGCAAAAGAUGACAAUCGCAAUAUUGAAGUAUUAGCGAGUUAUGCGAGCGAGCUUGACGUUGAUGGUGGCGCUGAAAAAGCCGCUUUAGUGUACUGUAAAGUUGGUCAGGGCGCCGCAAUCCUUACUGGACCUCACCCAGAAUUUGCCGCAGCGAAUUUGAGCCCGCACCAUAGCGUUGAAGGAUAUGAUGAACUUAUCGCUGCCCUCCGAGCCGACGAUGAUUCACGAACAAGCUUCUUAAAGGCGUGCCUAACUAAGCUCGGGCUAGACGUUAGUCAGGAAUCAUCAAGUGUGCCGUCCCUCUCUCGACUUCAUCUUUCGUCUAUCUCUAGUAGCGAUGUUGAUGAUUUGCUACACUCAUGGGAAGAUAUUAUCAGCAAGGAAGACGGCGAGGAAUAUAUCCGAGCAGAAAGCGAUUCAUUUCAUUUACAGAAACCAGAGACCAUGUGGUCUGUAACUGGCUUAAAAGAAGCACUAACGCCCAAUGACAGUCCGGAUCAAAAGCCUCCUGACCAAAGCGGCGAAGGUAUGAUCGACUAUAGCACCAUUACAAAGCGUAUCGUGACGCACGAAGAUGGCUGGCCAGAACCGAAAGCCACACCUUACUUUAACCAUAAUGCAUUCUAUUCUAGCCUGCAAGAAUAUCGCCGAUCGGAACCUGAGGCAGAGGAAUGGGGUGACUUUUUCAUGUAUGGGGAAGUCGUCACAAGCACCAACACACUACUCGAGAAAAACUUCAAGCUCCUUUCUAGAUUGCCAUCUGGGUUUACAUUAGCGGCGACUACCCAGGUUGCGGGGAGAGGACGUGGAAAUAACGUAUGGGUAUCGCCGGCUGGGGCGCUGAUCAUGUCUACGGUCAUUAAUCACCCAGCUCAUCUCGCACCGAGUCGACCCAUCGUCUUCAUCCAAUAUCUAGCUGCUAUUGCCAUUGUCCAGGCAGUCAAGUCAUACGACCAGGGAUAUGGCGAAGUACCCGUGAAGCUAAAAUGGCCCAACGAUAUAUACGCACUAGAUCCAAGACAACCUUCGUCGUCUCCACCUUCCUACGUCAAAAUCGGUGGUAUCCUAUCCAAUUGUUCUUAUUCUUCGGGAUCGUACCAGAUAGUCCUCGGAAUCGGUAUAAACACCGCCAACGGACGCCCUACAACAUCUCUCGACACCCUACUUCCUCCACAUCUCGCCCCAUUCCGGAUUGAGAAACUCAUAGCAGGCAUUCUGACUCGCAUAGAAGCUCUUUACAAGACAUUCAUCCGGAGGGGUUUCACAAGAGAUAUGGAAGGCGAGUAUUAUAACUACUGGCUACAUGGGCGACAGAUCGUCAACCUCGAGGCCCAAGGAGGGGUUAAGGCUCGUAUUGUGGGCAUUACGAGAGACUGGGGUAUGCUGAGAGCGGAAGAACUAGGAAGUGAUGAUAAGCCGACAGGCAAAAUCUGGGCGUUGCAGAGCGAUGAAAAUAGUUUCGAUUUUUUCAGGGGGUUAGUAAAGAGGAAGAUAUAA